AUGAACUCAACGGCGAACGGAUCCAGCGAGUCUUGGAGCUGCAUCGCUCAGUUAAAUUCCACUGCGUCAAAAAUCGGAGGAACUGUUACUUACUGUCUGCUAAUCAUCGUUUCACUGGCCGCCAAUUCUCUCAUUGUUAUGAUCGUUUAUAAAAUGCCGAACUUAAAAAAACCGAUAAAUUAUUUCAUCGCAAACAUGGCCUCAUCUGAUUUGCUGUUUCCAAUAUUCUGGAUACCUUGGUUUCUGUCAAGCUUGCACACCAACUUGUUUCUAAUUGGUGGUCAGCUUGGCCAGGCCUUGUGUAAGCUUGUCCCUUUCUUUUCUUUCGUUUCCUGUGCCGUUUCGAUUCAGAAUCUGAUUCUGAUAGCGGUGGAUCGAUUUGGAGCCGUGGUGUUUCCACUCCGUUCCCCACUCAUCAGAUCCAAGCUGUGUCCCUUCUACAUUCUCACCACGUGGAUAGUUGCCGUAACUGUCGGUUCGCCAUACUUGUUCGCCAACGAGCUCGUUGAAAAUCCGGAGGGAGCCAAGUGUGUUACGAAAUGGAAGAAAGCAUUCGGAGAGUCAUCGUCCCAUGCCAGUUUCCUACUAACUUUCUACCUUCUGUUUAAACACAUCCCUGUGCUGUUGUUAGUCAUUCCUUACUCCAUCAUUCUCAUCAAGCUCAAGACACAGGUACACCCAGGUGAACAGUCCGCCAACACUCAACAACAGCGGCACAGAAGAAACAGAAACGUGCUUCAAAUGUCCAUUGCUACCGUAAUAGUGUUUGUGUUUUGCUGGUUACCUUACUCUAUCAACGUUUUAAUCAUAGAGUAUCAGGACAGUUCCACGCAUUUCUCGUGUAGUUUCUGGAUAUACAAUGCAGUCACCAUUUACAUGGCUACUGCGUACUGUGCCAUCAACCCGAUUAUCUGUUUUAUGUUUAGCAGUAAUUACAGAAAAGCUCUUAAAAGACUCAUAAAAUGUUCU